AUGUCUUCCAAGUCCAAGAACUUGGUCGCCCAACUCUUUGAGUCUCGUUUCAAAGGCCAAGAGGCCAUACGCAAAAUUCUGGACAAUCCCGUGGGUCCCAAACGAUCCUCGCUCCGCGCCACUCGCAAGAGACGACGAGGGAAUUACGUCAAGGGCGUCCACAAGGGUAACUUUUUCCGCAUUCGUCUGCCCAGCAGUGGUCGUAAAUUACCCAAUUUGCCCAAACUGCCGCCCACGCAGCCCAUGCUCAAAGCCCCAACCGCCCUGCCACCCGCCCAAACCGCCGAGGCCACGGAAGCCAUUUUGCAGUCCCACGCCGCUGGCGGAGCUGCUAGUGCACAAACCAUUGCACAACGAGGUCCAUACAGCGACUUUCUCCGGCGUUUGGGGAGAUGGUUUCAAGACAAUUGGGCCGUUUUGGUGCUGAAUGCUGGAUCCAUUUGCACAUUGAUGGGAUUCACUCGUUCCGAUAUUUUGGAAUUGCGCACGCUGUCAAUGACGGGAAGUAUUGCCUCUGCCGUUUAUCUUUUAGGUCAGCAACGCAUCUUGUGGCUUAGUGUGGGCUGGUCUGGCAUGUUUGCCUCGGUGAAUGCCUUCAAAAUCUUUGGAAUCUAUCAAGAACGUAACUCGGAAGUGCACAUGAACAAAGAGCAAGAGCACGUGUAUGUCGAAUAUUUCUUGCCCCACGGUAUCACUCCUAAGCAAUUUGAACGCAUUGAAGCAAAGGCUACAAAGUUGAAACUGAAAAAGGGUGCUCAUUUGGUCCGAAAAGGAGAAAAGCUGGAUCAUUUGUAUCUGAUUCUGAAUGGCAAGACCAGGGCCCACAUUUUGGGCCGUCACAUUACAGCAAUGACCAAGGCAGACGAUACGGCAUCGUUUGACAAUACUACUACUGCUGCAGGGGAGCAAUCAAAUAGCUCUCCACAAGUCAAGAGUGGAGCAUGGAUUGGUGAAAUGGCCUUUAUGGAUUACUACUGGGAUAAAGAACAACGGCGCAACAACAAGAAUGCUCCUCAGAACUUUUCCGGUCGCGAAAGCUUUUACACCAUUGUGGCCGUAGAGGAUUGCGAAAUUCUUCGUUGGUCCCAUGAAGAAAUGAGUCAAUUGAUGAGUACGAGCAACGACAUGCGAAGUGCUUUGACCCGUGCCGUGACUUCGGCUUUGGUGAGCAAGGUAGUCCAAAUGACGGUCAGCAAGACGAAGCAAAUGCCCACUUGGUCGACCUGGUUGAAGGAUUGGUCACACAAUGCGGGAGCCAACGUGACGGUUCAACGAGUGGCAGAAGGGCCGACGUCGUCGUCGCCAUUGCCACCAAGAGGAGUAGAGCAUGAAGAACAUGAUGAUGAAAAUACAAAAGACAAUGAUGGCAACGAGCAAGAUGCAAUGGUAGCUUAG